ACUGUCGCUGUGUGAUGACGCCAGCCAUUGGCGUUUACUAUGGCGGCUAUCUGCUAAUUGGAAGAAAAAUGGGGGUUUUAUAGCUGCAAGAACAUUCAUAGUUUGACGAAAAAUAGGCAAGAGACAAGUGCUUCAGAAUGACCAAUAGAACAUCUUAUUUUUAUGACCCAGACGUGGGCAACUUUCAUUACGGUGCUGGUCAUCCCAUGAAACCUCACCGUUUGUCUCUGACUCACAGUCUGGUGCUGCACUAUGGGCUCUACAAGAAAAUGAUGGUGUUUAAGCCAUAUAAAGCCUCACAGCACGACAUGUGUCGGUUCCACUCUGAGGACUACAUCGACUUCCUGCAGAAAGUCAGCCCCAAUAACAUGCAGGGCUUCACAAAGAGCCUGAACACAUUCAAUGUUGGAGACGACUGUCCUGUUUUUCCAGGUCUCUUUGAGUUUUGCUCAAGAUACACAGGAGCAUCGUUACAAGGAGCUACACAGCUCAACCACAAGAUCUGUGACAUUGCCAUUAACUGGGCCGGAGGUUUGCAUCACGCCAAAAAAUUUGAGGCGUCUGGGUUCUGCUAUGUCAACGACAUCGUUAUCAGUAUACUGGAGCUGCUCAAAUACCACCCCAGGGUGCUGUACAUCGACAUAGAUAUUCACCAUGGUGAUGGCGUACAGGAGGCCUUUUAUCUGACAGACCGCGUCAUGACUGUUUCCUUCCACAAGUAUGGGAACUACUUUUUCCCAGGAACAGGGGACAUGUAUGAGGUAGGGGCAGAAAGUGGACGUUACUACUGCCUCAACGUACCUCUGAGAGAUGGAAUUGACGACCAGAGCUACAGGCAGCUGUUCCAGCCAGUUAUUAAACAGGUGGUGGAUUUCUACCAACCCACCUGCAUUGUCCUACAGUGCGGGGCUGAUUCUCUAGGCUGUGACAGACUGGGCUGUUUCAACCUCAGUAUACGAGGACACGGUGAGUGUGUAGAGUUUGUAAAGAGUUUUAAGAUUCCCCUGUUGGUCCUGGGAGGAGGGGGAUACACAGUGAGGAAUGUGGCUCGCUGCUGGACGUUUGAGACGUCUCUGUUAGUGGAUGAAUCCAUCAGUGAUGAGCUGCCUUACAGUGAGUAUUUCGAGUACUUUGCUCCAGACUUCACACUUCACCCUGACGUCAGCACCAGGAUAGAAAACCAGAACUCCAGACAGUACUUGGAGCAGAUCCGUCAGACAGUUUUUGAGAACUUGAAGAUGCUGAACCAUGCGCCCAGCGUCCAGAUCCACGAUGUUCCCUCUGACAUGUUGAGCUACGAACGCAACGACGAGCCAGAUCCUGAUGAGAGGGGAGCUGAGGAAAACUACACCAGGCCAGAGGCAGCUAAUGAGUUCUAUGACGGUGACCACGACAACGACAAAGAGAGUGAUGUAGAAAUUUGACAUGUUACAGUCAAAGGAUGAUUCUUUCUGAAAUUAUCCUCUGUUUGAAUCGGCUGCAGUUUCCUCACAUCUCAGUAUGAUAAGAGCAACACAAGGCAGCACUUUUUGCGCACAACUUUUUUCCAGAAUUUUUUUUUUCUUUUAGCAUUACUGUCAACCCUUGGGGCUUAGAAUGAAAGAUUAACUGCCAAACUUUAGAUGAAGAGAUAUAAAAAAUUUCUGGUAAAAAUACCGGAAUAUACAAAUACAGACUUUCUUAUAACCUCAGUGUAGGUUUUGUCUGAACACUGGGCUGCAUCAGAUUCAAUCAGAAACCACUCUUCUGUCUUUUCAUUCCUUUCCUUUUGUCAUAACUGUAUAAAUGUGUGUUGAUGAGGCUGCCAGUGUGGUUGUUUUCAAUGAUCUCAUGUUGCUGCAUUGUAUGUUUAUUUACACAUAUAUGUGAUCAGUUUGAAGCUGCAGUAGAGUCUGUUUGCUGUCUAUCACUGAAGUCCUCUUUUAGUCUGAAACCGCUUUUUGUCAUUUUUUUGAUAAUGUUGUCUGUAGCUUUUGUUUUUAAUAAAAGAAAAACACA